UAUUUCUCUGAUAUCAUGGAUGCUUUUGCAGUUGGUGCUACGCUAGUACUGCUUGUACAUUCUGUUCUGCAUCAAGAAGUGCAUGGAGGACUUGUAGGGAGUGAUAUCGACGGCUGUGAUGUUUCUCAAGGCAACUGGGUUUUUGAUGAUUCAUAUCCUCUUUAUGCCGCGCCUAGCUGCCCCUUCCUUGAGAAGGUGUUUGACUGCGUAAAGAAUGGUCGCCCUGAUAGAGACUACCUCAAAUAUAGAUGGCAGCCCUCUGCCUGCAGCUUACCAAGAUUCGAUGGUAGUCGUUUGUUGACAGAACUUAGAGGGAAAAGCAUCAUGUUUAUCGGGGACUCGUUGAGUUUGAACCAAUGGCAGUCACUUACCUGCAUGCUUUAUACAUCUGUUCCAGAGGCCAAAUACACAUCGGUUAGGACUGGAGGACUCUCCACAUUCACAUUCCCGGAAUACAAUGUUAAACUGUUGUUCUCCCGCAAUGCCUUAAUUGUGAACAUUGUACGCACACCUGAUGGCCGAAUCCUAAAACUUGACUCAAUCUCAACUCAAGAUGACAAACUGUGGUCGGGAGUCGACGUAUUGAUCUUCGACACGUGGCAUUGGUGGGUUCACACCGGCAGAAAGCAACCAUGGAACUUUAUUCAAGUGGGGAAUGAAACUUAUAAGGACAUGGAUCGCUUGGUUGCAUAUGAGAAGGCAUUGAACACUUGGGCAACAUGGGUAGACUCCAAUGUGGACUCAAACAAAACCAAGGUCUUCUUCCAGGGUGUUUCUCCAGAUCAUAGCAAUGGAAGAGAGUGGGGUGAUCCUCAAGCAAAUAACUGCAGUGCACAAUCAGAACCGCUACCAGGUCCAAACUAUCCAGGAGAAGCACAUCCAGCAGAGAAAGUAGUAGAGAAAGUGUUACGGAACGUGUCAAAGCCAGUCCAUUUGCUGAAUGUUACAACUCUUUCACAACUUAGAAAAGAUGGGCACCCGUCUGUCUACGGCCUUGGUGGGCACAGGGGCUUGGACUGCACCCAUUGGUGUUUAGCCGGAGUACCUGAUACUUGGAAUGUGCUUCUUUAUGCAGCUCUUAUUCAAAAUUAGGCGUUCUUUAUAUCCCAAAGAACGAUUUUUUUUUUUUGUUUUACAA